AUGUUAGCAAUAUGUUUACUAAUAAUUUCAGUAAUAUAUUUUUAUUACAAACAUAAAAACCGUUACCGCGACUCAUGUUUGGCCACAAUUCCCGGACCCCGACCCCGAUACCCGCUGAUCGGUAAUUUAGAUCUGUUUAGUAUACCUGGUGUUCCUUAUAAUAAAAGUAUUUAUCCAACAUUAAUAUCAUUAUGCAAACAAUACAACAAUUAUGGUAUUUAUAAAUUAUUAAUCGGACACAAACCAGUGGUUGUUAUAUUUAAAUCUGAUUUAAUGACUAAAAUAUUUUCAAGCAAUAUCAACAUUGAUAAAUCAUAUAUAUUUAACUUUCUAACCGAUUGGUUAGGCGAUAGUCUAGUCAUGACUACCGGUUCUAAAUGGAAAGGUAGACGAAAACUGUUGACACCGGCAUUUCAUAUGAAAAUACUCGAUGAUUAUCAGCCAUUGAUUAAUGAACAGACAUCGAUAUUUGUUAAGAAAAUCAUUGAUAUAUCCAUUGAUAGACAACAAUAUAUUGAUAUCAGGGAACCGUUAACAUUGUUAACAUUGGAUAUUAUUUGCGAAACUGCAAUGGGCGUACAGAUUGGGGCACAGUUAGGCAAAAAUAAGACAUACGUCCAAACCAUUCACGAUAUCGGAGAAAUAUUUAUGAAACGUAUAUUUUCGCCUUGGAUUUGGUCAGACGUACUGUUUUAUCGGACAACGAUUGGCCGUAAAUUUCGUAAAACACUGGAAACUUCUCAUUCAUUUACCCGGAAUGUUAUCAACGAAAAGAAAAAUAUGUUUAUCACUAAUAAUAAUAAUAAUAAGUCAGACAAUAAAAAACAGAUAAGUAAUGAUAAUAAUGACAAUUAUUUUUUAACAAAUAACAAGAAAAGUAUGGCAUUUAUGGAUCUAUUACUCGAUUAUCAUAUCAAAGACAAUAAGCUGUCUGUGGAUGACAUACGCGAAGAAGUGGAUACAGUUAUGUUUGCCGGACACGACACUACAUCAGUCAGUCUCGGAUGGACUAUCUAUUUGAUUGGAUUGCAUCCGAAAGUACAGGAAAAAAUUCAUGAAGAGUUGACCACAAUUUUUGGAUCAGACAACGACAACAACGACAACGACAUCAAUAGAGAUAUAACUUCGGCAGACAUUCAACGUAUGACUUAUUUGGAUUGUGUACUAAAAGAGUCGCUACGUAUGUAUCCGUCGGCACCACUUAUUGCCCGCCGACUGGUCGAAGAUUGUCCGGUCGGUGAUAAUAAUGAUAAUAAUAAUAAUUAUGUCAUACCUGCCGGUGUCGAUGUCUUUCUAAUGGUUCGACAAAUGCAUUACAAUCGGGAAGUGUUUGCCGAUCCCAAUCAGUUCCGUCCCGAACGCUUCCAAUCGGAUUCAUCGAUGUCUCAGAUAAAUGCCUACAAUUAUGUACCGUUUAGUGCCGGUCCCCGCAAUUGUAUUGGCAAACGGUUUGCCAUAAUCGUCGAAAUGAUUGUUUUGGCGAAAAUUUUGCUAAACUUUUCCAUUGAAUCACUGGAACCGUUAGAUAGUAUCGAAACAUCCGUUGAACUGAUGUUUCGGGCAAAAAGUCCGCUAAACGUUAGAUUUAUUCCUAAAAUCUCUAAUUAA